AUGGCUAUGUUGUUCACAGAGAUAAUAAAGCCAAGAUCUUCAACUGAACAGGUCGUUGAUGAGCAUGCACCCGCGCUAGGGUCCGAGGGAGGUAUUCGGGAAGCUUUUGGGAGAUACCGAACAGCGCUCGACAAGUACCAAAGAUGCCGACUUGCACCGAACAUGGUCGGUCCCUGCCCGACCAACGACAAGCCACCAAAGGACGUUCGACAGCACUUGGGUCAGUUCGCCCACACUUCACGUACUCACCAUGGCCACACAGGAGUGUUACAAUAA